AUGGAGCGAACCAGCAAACUCGCCCAGCUCACCCUCGUAUCGAAAUAUUACCCCGUGGCAAACUACUCGUACCCUCGCAGCGAGGGUUACGCCCGCACUCCCUACAACAGCAGGAGAUGCUCGAAUGAGUCCGAGGAUAAGAGGACGUCGCUUGCCUUCUCACAGGCAAGUGCAAUGGCGAGUUCAUGUCCUUUUAUGCUGUCACCGCCGCUGCCAAGCCUGAUUGACGACCGCACCGACUCCGAGGCUUCGGCAGACGACGACGAUAUUCGGUAUCACGCGCAUGGGGAUGAGCUUUGGGACAGCUUUCUGGAAUCUGGACUUUACAUUCACGACAAUCUUGAGAUCAGAACCGCCACAAUGGCUUCUAUUACUGCGCCAGAGUGCGUUCCUCCUAUGGUUCCACAGAAGGACUAUCCUGCCUUGAUUGCCUCGCCUCAUCAGGUCAGGAGAAGGCCUCUGCCUCAGGAGCAACGUUCUCAGGAGUCCUCGUGGCCGCUCUCUGAUAGCCCGCCAAGAAGAAGGCCGUCGCCAAUAUAUUCAGCAUUCCCCAAGAUAGUGUCAAUACCAUCCGGCCAAUGCUCAAGACAGAGUUCGACCUCUCAACUCUCCACUGUCUGCUCAACGGACGCUCCUUGUGCUCCUAAAGACGCUCCUCCUCUCCCCCCAUGGCCUUCUGGCUCGUAUCCCCGUUCAGCAAGUCCUCAUCCAAGGGCCUUUUCUCCCGCCACCUUCAUGGUACUCCAACGCCCAAACAGCUCUCACGGCUCACGGCCAAACACUCCCCUGGACUACUACUACCCUCCUCCUCCCUCUCCUCCACCGACCGCACCGCUACCAGCUCUACCGCCACUCUCCUCACGGCCUCCUCAUCCAUCCACUCUCACACCUCGAUCCUCCAAUCUCAGCCACGUCGAGCCUACUCCUACAACCACUCAGACCCUCCGCCCCUAUAAAUCAACCACACAACUGCGCCCUCCGCCUCCCCCGGAGCCGCUCCCCAUCUCCGUCUUCGAAUACGAUACAGACUCAGACUGUGACGACGAUGACGACGAGAGCAGCUCCUCAGGAUCACCAACUCUGUCAUUUUUCCGCUUCCACAGACGGAGUCAGAGCCCAAACACAGCCGAGGGCAUCCUCGCCCGCCGUCGCGGAUCAGCUUCCAAAACCUCCGUCCAGCAAUCCUUCGUCGACGCCGCUACUGUCGCAAAGGACCGCCGGCGACGAAAGAGGACAAAUACCAUGGAGAGCCUAGGGAAGCAAUCCGAUGUGCUAAGUAGGAUGCUUGGCCGUCGGAGUCGCUAG